AUGGCAAACCUCCGCUCAGCGCCACAGGGAGAGGUCAUCAAACACAGCACUGAGGAGAGAGGGGAGAAGACUGCUCGUGUUGUGGUGAACAUCAAGAAUGCCAGUCUGGCAUUCCUGAGCUCCUCCUACAACUUCAGCCUGAAAGAGAACCAGAAUUCAGGGGCCUUCGUGGGGCAGGUCCGCGCCUCUGCAGGAAACGACAUGUAUGAGAUUUCCUACAAACUGAGAACACACAAAGACCUGUUCUCCAUCGACAGCGAUGGCACCAUCGUUUCCACAAAAGAGCUUGACAAGGAGGAGCAGGAGUGGUACUUCCUGGAUGUGGAGGCUGUGACCACAUGGACGCCUCCCACAUCAGCAGUGGCCACGGUCAGAAUUCAGGUGGAGGAUGUAAACGAGCCUCCAGCGUUCUCCUCAGACGAUUAUGAAGCCUCUGUGUUCAGCAUCGCCCCGUACAAAACCCCAGUCAUCCAAGUGAAGGCCUCGGACCCUGAUGUCAGAGACAACAGUGAUCUGGUCUACAGUCUGUCAGGAGGAAACUCCUCCUUUGACGUGGAGCCGACUUCAGGUCUGCUGUAUGUGGUGUCAGUAGCAGAUCUGGGUGGAAUAAACAUCACAAUGGAGGUGAAGGCCACAGAUCCUGAAGGACUUUCUGCUACAACCACAGUAAAGGUUGUGGUUCAGGGCAGCGUGACCAGCAGCGACGUGACGAUCAUUUCUCUGAAUAAGCCAGAAAACCUUGUGGAGCAGAACAUUCCAGAUUUGGAGCAGGCUUUAGGUAAAGCACUGGGCUGGACGGUGAACAUAAUCCAGGUUUCAAGCUCUGGUGGAGAAGGAAGCCGAAUGCUGAGGGAAUCGGUCAAGACUCUGGUCAGCUUCGUCGCUUUCGAUGGCGAUAAAGCUGUUAAACCUCAGGACGCCGCCAAGUAGGAGUUUUAAUUUUUGAACACAGGAUUUUUUUAACAUAGUAAAUGUGAUCUAAGAAUGCAAUGCAACGCUUUAAUCUUAGAUUUUAAAGGUGACCUAUUAUGCUUCCUUGAACAGGUUAGGAUAUGUCUAUGGGCUAAUCAGGAUUCAAAUUCAACAAUACUUUAUUGAUCCCAAAGGAAAAUUCAAC